AUGUCAGAACAUACCAUCCUAUCAACAGGUCUAAAAGCCUUCUCAAUCUUCUCCAUGGCCACAGGCACCGCCGAUGUAAUCGGCGGCCACAAACUGCUCAUCCCCGCCAACGAACGAGCACUACUUCCAAAGACUACACUCUUAGUAGUAGAUAACCAACUUCGCUUCCUAGGAGCGACAUGGGGCGGAUACGGCGCGAUGUUGUGGUGGAUUAGUAACGAUCUUCAAACGAGACAGACUCCUCUGGCUAUUCUUGGUGUUGUUGCGUUUCUGGCUGGUGUUGGGAGGAGUAUUUCUGGACUGAGUGUUGGUUGGGGCGCGGCAUGGUUGAAGGUCGCGGCUGGGAUUGAGCUUGUUGUUCCGCCUUUGAUUUAUUUGUUUGCGUUCUAG